AUGUUGUCUUUCAUAAUUUUGUCGCGAAUAAAGAAAUAUAUAAAGAAGAGUAAAAAUUAUUUCAACACUACUCCUUUGAAGACUCAAAUACGUCGGUUCUUCCAAGAAGCUGGGAAAAAAAAAAGUCAGCUUCAAGAGGAACAUAAAGAGCAGCUUAUACAAUUUUUUGACGAAUAUCCUCAUGCUCGAGUGUCUGAUGUAGUUGAUGAACUCGCCAAAAGCUUUGAAGGCUUUAGUCCGAAAGAAACUGUAGUCGGAAAGUUUAUAUCCACCGAGUGUAAUUUAAGUAUCAAAAAAAGCUACUCGUCAUUCAAUCGCAAGAAACCAAAGUGCUAA